GUUAACACAACUAAAACUAUUUGUUACACUGCUUCAUUUUUGUAAAAAUAACAGAUGACGACAGAAAAUAAGAAACAUAAGCAUGUUUUGGCAUAGGAACACGAGAGUUAAUCCGUUACACUUCCGUUAGCAGUAGAAAUGCUUUAUGUUCAUCUCGUCUCUUUAUAAAUACCAAAGAACUCAACCUCAUUAUCAUACAUCUCUCCUCUUGUCUUUGCUUCACUGUGCUCAAGUAUACUCUUUCUCCCCUACUCAUUUGAAAUGGCGCAAUUGUAUUCUUCAAUGAAACCCACCCCAGUGCUGAAAGAUGAGCUAGACAUCGUGAUACCCACGAUUCGAAACCUAGACUUCCUCGAGAUGUGGCGACCGUUCUUCGAACAAUACCAUCUGAUCAUCGUUCAAGAUGGCGAUCCUUCAAGAACCAUCAACAUUCCAAAAGGGUUUGACUACGAGCUCUACAACAGGAACGACAUCAACAGAAUCUUGGGUCCCAAGUCUUCUUGCAUUUCCUUCAAAGACUCUGCUUGUCGCUGCUUUGGUUACAUGGUCUCCAAAAAGAAGUACAUCUACACCAUUGAUGAUGAUUGCUUUGUUGCAAAGGAUCCAUCUGGGAAAGAGAUCAAUGCACUUGAGCAGCAUAUCAAGAACCUCUUAUCCCCAUCAACUCCACAUUUCUUUAACACACUCUAUGAUCCAUACGGUGAUGGUGCAGACUUUGUUCGUGGAUACCCUUUCAGUAUGCGUGAAGGUGCCAUAACCGCGGUCUCUCAUGGCCUCUGGCUUAACAUCCCUGACUAUGAUGCUCCCACUCAGCUUGUGAAACCUCUUGAAAGAAACUCCAGGUAUGUUGAUGCGGUCAUGACUAUUCCUAAAGGAACCCUCUUGCCUAUGUGCGGUAUGAACCUUGCUUUUGAUCGAGAGCUGAUUGGUCCAGCUAUGUAUUUUGGACUCAUGGGUGAUGGGCAGCCGAUAGGACGCUACGAUGACAUGUGGGCUGGUUGGUGUGUCAAGGUGAUAUGUGACCACAUGGGAUGGGGAGUGAAGACGGGUUUGCCUUACAUAUGGCACAGCAAAGCGAGCAACCCAUUCGUUAACCUAAGAAAGGAAUACAACGGAAUCUUUUGGCAGGAAGAGGCCGUACCUUUCUUUCAAUCAGUGACUCUUCCUAAAGAAUGUGAUUCAGUGCAGCGAUGCUACACCGAGCUAGCUAAGCUCGUGAAAGAGAAGCUCGGGAAGGUUGAUCCUUACUUCAUCAAGCUCGCUGAUGGAAUGGUCACCUGGAUCGAAGCUUGGGAUGAGCUUAAUGCUCCAAACAGCAAAAAAAGAGGUCACUGA